AUGGUAUCCCAGGCGCUGCAGCUGCUCCGGCAGGGCGUGUGGGCCGCGCUCACGGGGGGCUGGUACCACGACCCCGAGCAGAGCAAGUUCACCAACAGCUGCCACCUCUACCUGUGGCUAUUUCUGCUGCUUCUGCCCCUGGCCCUGCACCUGGCUUUUCCUCCCAAUGCGAUCACUGUAUUUUUUUACUGCAGUUCAGUGACUAUAUUCUUCACAGUAAUCAAAUUGGUUAGUUAUCGCCUACACCUCAUGUUUGAUAAAGGAGAAGUAAUUCAACAGAGGCCCCCCAGAAAGAAAGAGAAGCCACAUAAAGACAAAGAGGCCAACAGUGAACAUAUAACUAAUCACAAACAUCCAAGCAAUAACAGACAGAUUAACAAUGGCAAAAAGGAAGAGGCCAAUUGCAACCUCACGACGCCUCCUCUCCACUGCGGCUCCCGAGGACAAAGCAUAAACUCUCAUCACUCUUCCGGGCUAUUGGAGUUGGCAGCACAGGAAACAGUGGAAGACCUCAGAGGCGUCAUUCUCUCAGAAGACCAACCUGUAGCACCCGUGUCAUCUACCUCACCAUGUGUCAGAAGGGAAAACUUGCCAGUUUCCAAAGUGUACAUGCCAGAAACCAUGGCCACAUCAGCAAUACCAACGAAGCCAGUUACCACAGAAACUCUACUCAGUAAUAAAGUGAAGGGAAGAGGAGGCAAGGUGCAGCCCCCUUUCCGCCACCGAUCAGAGGGCAGGCUAGAAGACAAAGAUGCCUUGACAAAGUUGCCGCACCUGUCUUUGUCUCAGUAUGACUUACUAGAAACAGACGUUUCUUUCCAUCCCUGUGGGAGUGAGAACUCAGUCCUGAUUCCAGAACCUACACAUCAUCCCAAGGGCUCCAUCAGGGAACAGCUGCAAAGCAAGUCUCCUCAGGACAGACUGAGCAGCAGCUGCCCUCAGUGUAACACAGUCAUUACCAGACAGGUGGAGGAGCUGCUGGACACUUCCUGCCAGGUGGAUCCUCCCUUGGAUGAGGAAGUUAACUACUCCGAUAGUGAGGUAGCUGUUACCCUGAUUGACACUUCUCAACCUGGUGACCCGCUGAGCUUGCAUGAGCCGAUUAAGAUUGUCAUCACAAUGAGCAGUACACCAAACUCCAUGACAGACUUGGAAAGUUCUCUCCACCUGAAGGUGAUUAGCACAGAGAGAAAUGCUCCAAAGUUAGAUGCUGAGCCAGCUACCCAAGGGGUAGCCAGUCCUCCAAACGGCGAGCAGAUGCGAAUUCCUGUCAUCACCCUCGAGCUUUCUGAAGAUGGGCAAGGAGGCACUAUUUGUCCUGAAGGCAAUGGGAGCGAAAGGACACCAGAGAGACUGAUGGUGGAGGAGUCCUCCAAUCAGUGCUCUGGCUACGAAUCUGGGGAGGGAGGUAAUGCCACAAAAGACUAUAGUCCUUCCCCAAGGGAUCACUGUGAAGCAACCCCCCUACUCACACCCAAUAUGGCCUCCGAAUCUGUGGGGGGAAGGGAAGGCCAGGCUAACCUUGACCCUUCGUCUUGUAGAAACAGCCAAGAAAAGAGACAUGCCCGGGUCCUCAGUGUGGACAGUGGGACCGAUGUCUUCUUGAGUAAGAGUGCCGCAGAAGUUACUAACGAUAAAGAGAAAACAAUGCCAACUUCCAAAUCUGACUUGGAGGCUAAGGAGGGACAAAUACCGAAUGAAUCCAACUUCCUAGAAUUUGUCUCCCUGUUGGAAUCAAUUAAUACUUCCAAGGUAGUGGCAGCCAAUCAGUCGAAUGGCUCAACAGAGCACAACAAAGAAAGCAGGCUUCUUGGAGAUAUCUGUUCCCAGGAGAAAAAGGAGGAAAUCCUGGAAAGUGAAAAGCCCAGUGGACACAAUUCCAGACAAGGAAAACUGGAUGUGCAAAGUCAAGACCACACUAACACGAGCCCUGUGUUCACUGAACCUGCCAAGAUUACGGCCCUUUUCCAGGGCAAUAGACAAAGACAAAUAAUCUACAGGGUAACUUCUCAACAAGAUAGUUCCGUCUUGCAAGUCGUCAGUGGGCCUGAAACAUCUGUGCAAGAUGAGAUAUCUGUGGAUGCUAUGCAUGUCUUCAUUGAUGAACACGGGGAAAUUAGAUCCUGUUAUUUAAAAUCUGGAAAUCAGAAAGAAGGACCUUUGCAACAUCAGCCGUCAAAUUAUGACUGGUUUUCGAAUACUCGAGAGGUACAGAGCAGCUCCUCCAGCACCACAACCUCUGAGAGCCAAGAUCCCUCUUCUGGGGACCCUGCAGUCAGUGCCCUCCAACAACAGCUGUUACUAAUGGUGGCUCGGAGGACCCAGUCAGAAACCCCACGGCAUCGGAGUCAGGACCUGGAAGACUCGUCAUGCUCUUCGACACAAGGAAAAUUUAACCGAGAGCAGUUUUACAAGUUAAUCAUUUUUCCUGGCAAGUGGAUUAAAGUCUGGUAUGAUCGACUCACCUUGUUGGCAUUACUGGAUCGAACUGAAGACAUCAAGGAAAAUGUGCUGGCUGUUUUACUUAUUGUCCUAGUUUCCCUCCUCGGAUUUCUGACAUUGAACCAAGGCUUUUGCAAAGAUAUGUGGAUUCUUCUCUUCUGCCUGGUCAUGGCCAGCUGCCAAUAUUCCCUCCUGAAGAGCGUUCAGCCUGACCCUGCCUCGCCAAUCCAUGGACACAACCAAAUCAUAACAUAUAGCAGACCAAUCUAUUUUUGCUUGCUGUGUGGCCUUAUUUUGCUUCUUGACACAGGGGCCAAAGCCAGGCACCCUCCUACUUAUGCUGUCUAUGGCCUGAAACUCUUCUCUCCAGGGUCCCUGCAAUCAACUAGGGACCAUUUAAUAGCGUUUUUAUAUUGCUUCCCUGCAAUUUCCCUCCUUGGGCUUUUUCCGCAGAUCAACACUUUCUGCGUUUAUCUUUUGGAACAAAUUGACAUGCUGUUUUUUGGAGGUUCUGCGGUGUCCGGGAUGCUGUCAGCCGUGUAUGGCGUGGCCCGGAGCUGUGCAGCCGCCGCGGCUCUCCACGCGCUCUGCUUCAGCGCCGUGAAGGAGCCAUGGAGUACGCAGCACAUCCCGGCACUGUUUUCGGCCUUCUGCGGCCUCUUGGUUGCCCUUUCCUACCACCUGAGCAGGCAGAGCAGCGACCCAUCAGUGCUGAUGUCCUUUAUUCAAUGCAAAUUAUUUCCUAAAUUUUUACAUCAGAGUUUGGACGAGUUGGCGGAAGACCCUCUCCCAAAGAAGAUGAAAGACUCUGUGAAGGAUGCCUUACAGUCGGAUCUCAUUGUCUGCUCGGUCGUUGCUGUCCUCUCGUUUGCAGUCAGUGCCAGCACUGUAUUCCUCUCCUUACGCCCAUUUCUCAGCAUCGUGCUGUUCGUCCUAGCUGGCACCGUGGGGUUCCUAGCACAUUACCUACUCCCUCAACUCCGCAAACAUCAUCCCUGGAUGUGGAUUUCACACCCCAUUCUUAAAAACAGGGAGUAUCAGCAACGUGAAGUGACAGAUAUCGCCCAUUUAAUGUGGUUUGAAAGACUCUAUGUUUGGCUUCAGUGUUUUGAAAAAUAUAUCUUAUACCCAGCAAUAAUUCUGAAUGCCCUCACUAUUGAUGCAUUUGCAAUAAGCAAUUACCGGAGACUUGGUACCCAUUGGAACAUUUUCCUGAUGAUCAUUGCGGGCAUGAAGCUGCUGCGGACCUCUUUCUGCAAUCCAGUCCAUCAGUUUGUCACCUUGAGCUUCACUGUCAUCUUUUUCCACUUUGACUACAAAGAUAUUUCUGAGAGUUUCUUACUGGAUUUCUUCAUGAUGUCCAUUUUAUUUAGCAAGCUUGGAGACCUGCUUCACAAGUUACAGUUCAUCAUGACAUAUGUGGCUCCUUGGCAGAUGGCUUGGGGUUCUUCAUUUCAUGUGUUUGCUCAGCUGUUCGCAAUCCCUCAUUCUGCAAUGCUUUUCUUUCAAACGAUUGCCACCUCAAUCUUUUCUGCUCCAUUAAGCCCAUUUCUUGGGAGUGUCAUCUUCAUCACAUCAUAUGUCAGGCCAGUCAAAUUCUGGGAGAAAAACUACAAUACAAGGCGAGUGGAUAAUUCCAACACAAGACUGGCUGUCCAAAUUGAAAAGGAUCCAGGGGCUGAUGACAAUAAUCUCAACUCCAUCUUUUAUGAACAUUUGACAAGGGCGCUCCAGGAGUCCCUCUGUGGGGACUUAGUUCUUGGUCGUUGGGGUAACUACAGUUCUGGCGAUUGCUUUAUUUUGGCUUCAGAUUACCUCAAUGCCUUUGUUCACCUGAUUGAAAUUGGAAACGGCCUUGUCACCUUUCAACUUCGAGGAUUGGAAUUCCGAGGAACAUACUGCCAGCAGCGAGAGGUGGAAGCCAUCAUGGAGGGUGACGAGGACGAUAGAGGCUGCUGCUGCUGUAAGCCUGGCCACUUGCCCCACCUGUUGUCCUGCAAUGCUGCAUUUAACCUCCGUUGGCUCACAUGGGAAAUCACCAGGACGCAGUACAUCUUGGAGGGCUACAGCAUCAUAGACAACAAUGCAGCCACCAUGCUGCAGGUCUUUGAUCUCCGAAGGAUCCUCAUCCGGUACUACAUCAAGAGUAUAAUAUACUAUAUGGUCACUUCCCCCAAACUCCUCUCCUGGAUCAAAAACGAGUCACUUCUGAAGUCCCUGCAGCCUUUUGCCAAAUGGCAUUACAUUGAGCGUGACCUCGCAAUGUUCAGCAUUAACGUUGACGAUGACUACGUGCCGUGUCUUCAGGGUAUCACCAGGGCUAGCUACUGCAACGUUUACCUAGAAUGGAUCCAGUACUGUGCACGGAAGCAACAAGAGCCUUCGAAGACUCUGGACAGUGAUGAGGACUCUCCUUUGGUGACUCUUUCCUUUGCUCUGUGCAUCCUGGGGAGAAGAGCUCUGGGAACUGCAGCUCACAAUAUGGCUCUCAGCCUGGACUCUUUUCUGUAUGGUCUUCACGCCCUCUUCAAAGGUGACUUUAGGAUAACAGCCCGGGAUGAGUGGGUCUUUGCUGACAUGGACCUACUGCACAAAGUUCUCGCUCCAGCUAUCAGGAUGUCACUGAAGCUUCACCAGGACCAAUUCACCUGCCCUGAUGAGUAUGAAGACCCCGUGGUCCUCUACGAGGCCAUCCAGUCCUUUGAGAGAAAAGUGGUGAUCUGCCACGAGGGUGACCCAGCCUGGAGGAGCGCAGUGCUGUCCAACAGGGAGGAGCUCCUCACCCUGCGGCACGUGGUGGAUGAGGGCACCGACGAGUACAAGGUCAUCAUGCUCCACAAAAGCUUCCUGAGCUUCAAGGUCAUCAAGGUCAAUAAAGAAUGUGUCCGCGGACUCUGGGCUGGGCAGCAGCAGGAGCUCAUAUUCCUUCGCAACCGCAACCCAGAGCGCGGCAGCAUCCAGAACAACAAGCAGGUCCUGCGGAACCUGAUCAACUCCUCCUGCGACCAGCCCCUGGGCUACCCCAUGUACGUUUCCCCCCUCACCACAUCCCACCUCGGGACGCACAGGCAGCUGAAGGACGUCUGGGGCGGGCCUGUCAGCUUGGACAGAAUUCAGACGUGGUUCCGCACCAAGUGGCUAAGAAUGCGGAAGGACUGCCACGCGGGCCAGCACAGCGGUGGCAACAUUGAGGACGUGGAUGGAGGAGGGGCACCAUCCACAGGCCACACCACAAGUGGAGAGAGCCAGGAGAGCAGUGCAGAGCCACCCAGGAAAGAUGGGCACCGCGAUGGGGUCCCAAUGGCAGGCAGGAAGAAAGGCAGGAGCCAGUCUGUCCAGGCACAUGAGGCUUUGAGCCAAAGACCGCCCAUCUUGAGUUUGUCGGGCCCCAUCCUGGACAGCCACCAGCCCUUCAUCCAGAAGUCCACAUCAGUCCAUGAGUUGGCCCCAAGGCUAUCCAGUAGCCAGCUUUCCUUACAUAACUCGGCUGUGUCCCUGCACUCUCAGCCGCCACCCGCAACCACCACAGGCCACCUGAGCGUCCGUGAGAGGGCCGAGGCACUGAUCAGAUCCAGCUUGGGCUCAUCCACCAGCUCCACCCUGAGCUUCCUCUUCGGCAAGAGGAGCUUCUCCAGUGCCCUUGUUAUUUCUGGACUUUCUGCUGCAGAGGGUGGCAAUACCAGUGAUAGCCAGUCAUCCAGCAGUGUCAACAUCGUGAUGGGUCCCUCGGCCAGAGCCUCAGGUCAGGCCACACGGCACUUCUCAGAGCCGUGUGAACCCACUGAUGCCAUGGAGCAGGGCCAGCUCUGCGAUCGCAGUCUAGCUGAGGCUUUGGCAGAGAACCUCAGGGUGAUGUGCCGAAGAGCGAGCCAGGAGGACAUGGGGCUGGACGAUACAGCAUCCCAGCAAAGUGCUUCAGACGAGCAGUAACGGGCAUCCAUUAGGAAUGGGCCACACCUGCAGGAACUGCGGGUCCUCCAUGGCGCCCCUCAAACUGAAAAGAGCAAGUGUUGUAAUCCGUGUGAGAGCUGUUCUAGAAAACAGACUAAUUUUAAUCUCAGGUUCCUGAAAACUUCUCAUGUGAUGAAAGAAGGAUCACGUUCAGAAUUUGAAAUUUCAAAUGAAAGCCAUUUACUAUCUUAAAAUCAACUAGAGCACAUAACUGACUCUUUCCUGCCCUGAUGAAAAUAAGACAACUGCAUGUUAAAUAGCUGGCAUUUUAUACGUGUUACUGUGAAAAGGAAAUGAGCAGCAGCCUUUAUUGUACCAUCAGCUGGUAAAACGCACUAAGGUGAACCUAAAUGCAUUUCUAGGUAAACCUCGUUUCUUUAUGAUUAUGCAGGCGUUAGGUCAGCACACAAUAGUGACUACAUGACACGUUCUAGCGCAUGCAGCCAUGUCUGAAGUAUUCUGUGAAGAGCCAGGGUACAGAUGACACACACUUAGACUCUACCU